GGGGUAAAUUAACCUUUUCUUUAAGUUAAAUACCAAAAAGUUAAUUGUUAUAAGUUACAAUGAAAAAACCAAAAUCCUUAUCUGCAAAUAUUGCAAGUCUUUUGAAUUCUGUACCUCAGGAAUUUGAUGAAGAUGAUGAGUUAGACGAUACAACUGCAAAAGUCUUAACCGCAGAUAGUGAAGAUAGUGAUCAGGACGAGAUACAUGAACGAAGCAAAAUUAGGGCACAAAACGUUGAUCUUUUAGAAACAGCAGAUGAAAAAUAUGCAGGAGAAAUAAGCACUCGAAAGCAUUUAAGAGAUUCAGAUUCUGACGAUGAGCUGGAAGAGGUGACUGAGGAAGUCGAUCACAGUGGCAGUGAAGAAAAUAUAUGUGAAGAGGAAGAUUCAGAUGGAGAUAAUUUGGAUGAGGAAAGUUGCGAUGAAAGUGAAAUCGAAGAAGGAAGUGAUAUUUCGAAUGCCUCUGGUGCAAGUAGUGGUGAAGAUGAUGAUAAUUUCAAACAUUUCACGGAGUCAUCUUCAAAAUAUGAAGACAAUAAAGGACAGAGUGUUAGAAAUCAAUUGAGUAUUUGGGAAAGUUUACUAGAGAUACGUAUCAAAUCAAAAAAGGCUUUAUCAGCAAGCAAUAAAAUGCCUGUUGGAGAAAAAUUCAAAGAAAUUUUCAAUAAAUCAAAUGAAGAAAACAUGAUCAAAUUGUCACAAACAAAGAAAAGUGUGAUGAAUCUUUUAGAAAAAAUGACGAAUCUUCAAACUUUAUUGUUGAGUAAAUAUCCUGAAACAAUGAAGUUAUUAUCAAAAAAACAUGAAAAAAAGGAGAAUGAAGACGAUGAAGAAAUUUCAAGUGAGGUAGACUCUGAAGACGAACCUGAAAUUAAGCGUGCUAGAAUUCAAGAUUAUGGUAAAGGUUUAUCAGAAUCUCAUGAAGUUUAUAGGAUAUACCGAAAUAAAAUUAUUGAAAAAUGGUAUGAUAAGACUAGGAUUAAACAUACGGAAUCCAAUUCACAUACAAUUGUGGAUCAGAUUGAUCAUAUUUUAAUGGAUAAAUCAAAAUUAUUGAAAAAAACUCAGUUGAAAAGAUCAGAUUUUCGAAUAAUUGGUGAAACUGAAAAAGAAGAAGAAGAACAAUAUAAUGUGAAUAUUUAUGAUGAUGAGGAUUUCUACCACCAACAGUUAAGAGAACUUGUGGAAUUUAAGACAUCAGACAUAACUGACCCAUUACAGUUGAGUGCCAGAUGGGUUGCAUUACAAAACGUGAGAAGUAAAAUGAAAAGGAAAAUUGAUACCAGAGCAACAAAGGGACGUAAACUAAGAUUUGGUGCGCAUUCCAAAAUGGUGAACCUUGGUCCAACUCAAGAUAUAAGUUUUACUACAGAAGAUGCUAAAAGAGAGAUAUACAGAUCAAUAUUCCAAAAACCCACUUCAAAUCAUAAAUAAAUUUUUAUUUAUA